GGCAGUUUAAGCGUUGCUUCGUUGCAAUCCGCAAAAUUGGCUGGCUUGUCGACGUGAGAACUUUCCGAGCUGCACGGCGUUGUUUAUUUAGGUAAAGCUCUUCGAGUCGCCUUGCAGAAAUCGCCGCCUUUGGCAACCUCUCCACAUGUACAUAUAGUCGCGCUUUCUUUCGAAUGGCAAACGAGAACAGACAAGGAUGCAGAGGAAGACGAAAGAAAAGAACUAGAAACGUAAGAACGAUUCUCUACACACUGUUGACUUGUGCUCUUGGGUGGUUCCUAACCUACGUAUCUAGCCACGCGAGUGAAAGAGGGUUCCGAGCGAGAAAACUUCCUCGCGGCAAGUGCAAAACUUUCGUGUUUAGCGAAACAGCACGAGGAAACUCAGCACUGUUUUUUCGACACGGAACGUUAAAGUGUACUGGCGAGAAAUUCGGUCGUUUAGGAAACCGACUCAUGAUAAUUACGAACAUGAUUAACUUUGCGGAAAAGAAUUGCUGUAACGUCUUGGUUGACGAAGAUGUGGUUCCUGGGUGGAAUCCGGCCCCACUGUUCUUGAGGCAGGUGUCGUUGUGCGAUUUGGCGCAUACAGAAAAAAUGACUUGCACUCCUAAAAGUCGCUUUGACUGGUUCUUUCAAGGCCUUGAUCCUCCAAAUUUUCUACCUGUCCAACUUGGUGACUGUGCACUACAAAGUCUGAAAACAUAUUUUAAAAUUGACGAACGUAGCGCCUUGGGAGAACAAUGCCCAACUUCCCCCCACGCGGUGUUGCAUGUCCGAGCAGGCGAUAUAGUAGCCGGGACAUACGAUUCAAUUUCAGGGACGUACCAUCCGUCUCCGGGAGUCCACCCAGACUAUUGGGUGUAUCCAACCUCGUAUUACACGUCGGCGAUUCGAGAGAUUCGUCGACAGAGCGACAAGAAAAUCUACGUAAUUUGUGAGAACAUGGAUAAUCCUUCAUGUGAAUUUUUCGCCAAAAUAUCAGGAGUAUAUACGAACAUCGAAUUUCGCGUUGGGCGUGCACUACUAGACGACUUGCAUAUCCUGCUAUGUGCAAGUGAAGUCGCAACAUCAUUCGGGAGCUUUCAGCUUAUUUUUGGUCUCUCAGAAAAGAUUGAAAAACUUCACACCUUCGUUCUCGAGGAGCCGCCCGACAAGAAAUGCUUAACUCACUUAUCGUCGAGCUUUUACAGCAACUUAUUCGUGCCCCAAGCGGUCUUCCACUGGAUUACAGACUCGGCAGAGCGAAAGUCGUUUUCGCAGGCAGUGAAACCGUGGCACAAUACAGCACUUCAACGUCACAUAAUCGACGCUAAUCGUUCGAUCACUACGUGUUCAUCACGUAUUUUGCUGUGAAGGGUUCGCGAUCCUUAAAAGAUGGAUCUCUUGAAAUCUUAGUAGCAAGCUUGGUGUCAGCGCUCGAAGAUGCGAUCGCUGACUUCGAUCGAACUCUUUUGGGGAGACACACUCUCUUGGUCGCUGUGCCAACAGCAGUAAGACACAGCUCCCCCCUCGCAGUCAUGGUUGGAUGAGUGUUGGAUGUGCGUAGUUCACAUCGUACGCAGAUUAUCGCUUCGCGAUAGUCAACGAGAGCCAGCUCGAGCCAGCUUAUGUGACAGAAAAGAUUGUGUCCGCUAUCAGCAGUGCUGCGAUUCUUAGGAGACUGCAAAGCUGCACGCGUAUUGUUACUCUGGUCAAACGCACCAUACCUGGAUGUUAACACAUUUUGGCAAUUAAAAAACCACUCGUUCAAGAAUGGGCGUCCGAACAGGUCUGUCUGGCUCGUCGCAGCAAGGUACGUUCACGAAUUCGAUACAGAUCCCGACAGACCCGCAAACGACCUCAACGAAUUCGCCGCGAAAGACGCUCACGUGGGCGAGACAUUCACGCGCGGUUGCUGAAGAAAUUCGAGGUGACCUCAAUCGAAGUGCGAACUGUCAGAAAGUGUCACGACCUCUACGAGGAAAGGAUGAAUUAUGCUUCUAGCUUGAUAGAUGUGCAUGUGCAGUGGAAUCACGGCAUAUGAUGCCCUCUCCAUCUCAUUUCGAUAUCGCCAAAAAACUUUCACCCUUGAGCUUUGGAACUGGAUUCGAAGCCGAAAAGCUUCACGCCUCGAUCCCGAGCAGUCGGGUCAACGGCGGCGCCGCUACUUUAGCUUGGCGUUAAAUUAUGUCAAGCAAUUUCCGUACGCAUCUACGGAAGCAUCGCUCGGAUAUGAUACUAUACUUUAUAAUAUCAUACUUCCGGAAAUAAUAAUACU